AUGUGCGAUCUAAUGCGAACAGUUGAUUUCAUCCACGAUGAUUACCUGACGCCGGCUCAACAGAAGCUUCUCGGAGAUGAUUCGCAAGGCAUCAUGAGAAACCUGACAAAGUACAGGAAUCGACGCCACAGCCCUGGAUUUAUCCAGGCCGUAACAGAUUUCAAUAAGGUGAUCAGGACACUCAAAGAAAAGGGGGAGUUGAAGAAGAACGCACAGGCAAUGCGACAUCCUGAUUACGAUCUCGCCUGCCAUGUUCUCUAUCAGGUCUACAGUAGGACUGUUGCCCAUGAAGCAGAUGCACUUAAUAACUACGCAGCAUUUUCAAAUAAUGUAUAUGGUGAGAUCAACUCAAUUUUGGUCAAAGAGUUUAUAUCCAAAACGGGAAUUACUUCAUCGAGUGUAUUUAUGGACCUUGGCUGUGGGAUUGGGAAUGUGGUGUUACAAGUCGCAGCCCAGACAGGUUGUGAAGCCUAUGGAAUAGAGAUUAUGGAAACACCCUGCAGAUAUGCCAAACGACAACUCAAAGAGUAUGCAUCCAGAAUGAGAGCUUGGCUGUUACCUACCGGAAAGAUUCAUUUUCGUCAUGGGGAUUUUUUGGAUAUGGCAACCAACGGCAUGUAUUCGACACUAAAGAGGGCUGAUGUGUUGCUGGUCAACAAUUACGCAUUCGAUGCUGCCACAAAUCAUGCUCUUGCACAGCUCUUUCUUGAUCUUAAAGAAGGUACCCGGAUCAUCUCUCUAAAAUCAUUUGUGCCCAAACACCACAAGAUCAACCAGCGGACGUUUCAUAUGCCAGAAUCUAUUCUGAGAGUCGAGGAAUACGAGUACUUUUCGGAAGCUGUGAGCUGGACCCACAGUGGCGGCAAGUACUAUCUUGCUACUGUUGACCGGACUCGUCUUGAACCGUUCUACAAGGGCAUGUAUGGACAUUCAUGAUUUAAAAUUCUUGGAGCCUUAUUUUCCUUCUCUUUCUCUUUAUCUCUAUCUCUAUUUAUCCAUCUCCAUAUAUAUAUACAAGUAUAUAUAUAUAAUAUGUAUCUCUUUAUCUACUCUGCAUGUACGAGAACACACUAGCCUUUUUAUAUUUUAUAUAUACAAUAAUAAUAACAAUAAUAACAAUAAUAAUUUAAUAAUAUU